AUGCCAAUAUAUGGUAAUAUAGUUGGGGCCGAGCCUACCAGAGCUGAGCUACAGCUGCCGUUUACAAGAGUUUGUGAUGGAAUUGCCGGGACUCCAGUGAACCGAAUUCCCAUAAUGGCCAAACAGGUAUUAGAUCUCUACGAAUUGUACCGUUUGGUUGUGGCCAGGGGUGGACUCGUCGAAGUCAUCAAUAAGAAGAUAUGGAGAGAAAUCACUAAAGGACUCAAUCUGCCCUCUUCUAUCACCAGCGCUGCAUUCACUCUACGCACACAAUAUAUGAAAUACCUGUACCCAUACGAGUGCGAGAAAGAGAAACUCAGUUCACCCGACGAACUCCAGUCCGCCAUCGAUGGCAACCGUAGAGAAGGCCGGCGCUCCAGCUAUGGUCAGUACCCUGAGAUGGUGGGCGCCACCCCUCCCCCUCCGCACAUGAAUCGCAAUCAGGGCAGUCAUCACCACACAUCACCUCUAAGUCUCGUCUCACGCCAAUUGAAUGGCCACAACUCACAGGGAUUGUCAUCAGGUGAAGAAGACAAUGGAAGUAUAUCUUCGACACCAACUCAUCAUUUCUCUCAUCAUCCGUUACCACAAUCUGAAGCUUUAAACCUUGAGGUGAAUCCUCGCAACGCAAGCGAUGCCACGAACCGAGCGCUGGAGACGUCCCGUAAGAUCAUGGAAGACGCGCUGGGAGUGACUCCCGCCAAGCGGUUCCUCACCGAUGAGGAGCGAUUCCUAAUGCACGCCGCACUGCCUUCCGUUCAAAUCAAAGUUAUGAAUAGAGACGGUCGGUCUCAGAUAGAAAGUCAAUUGGCAGUCAGUAUGGAAAUCAAUGGUAUUGUAUAUCACGGAACUCUUUUCGCUCAUCAUAGCAGCGAUCAAACGGGAUUUGCUUAUGGAUGCGGACACAGCUCAUCCAGCAAUGAUAUGCCGGCCCUUAACCAACAAAACUAUGGAUCCGAAAAUAGGAGGGCAUCCAUCGAGAUGAAUGGCACCCACCUCUGUAAUAAUAAGGAUAUGAGGGAAUCAGUGGUACUAUUGGUUUUUGACAAACCGGACGCUCAAAGCGAUGCUCUGAAAUGGGCGGCAGAGAGACUAUCAUUUGAUACACAUUUGGUCCAUAAUUGUGAGUCAGCUCUGGAUAGAUAUGAGGAGGAAAGGCAUCAUCUCGUGAUUAUAGACUCGCGGCAGUCGUCGCAUAUGUUGGACUCGUCAACGCUAUGCAGGUCCAUAAGAAAUAUUAAGGGAAGUGAAUACACAUGUAUUGUAGCCGUUGUUAAGAAAAGUUUAGCCGAAAAAGAAGAGGCCGGCGUUCUCUCCCUUUUGAGAAUCGGAUUCAAUAGAUGGAUGUUAGAGUCGUGUAAUCUAGGCGUUUGUCUCAAUGAAUUAGUCCAAUUAGAACAUAACGAUAUCGCAAUCCAAUGUAAAUUAAAAGCAAGUCAUGCCUUAUUCACUGCACUCGACUCCUGUAAGGAUGGUGUGAUGGUUACGGGUCCUAAUCAUGACAUACAAUACGUGAAUCAAUCCAUUGAAAAGUUAUUGGGCUUCCGAUACGAUGAGAUGAUCGGUAAAAAUGCAUACGAUUUGCAUCGAAGCGAUUCAUUCAAAACAGAUAUCGUCGACAGCAUUAAUAUGCAUCUAAACAAAGGAAAAGAAUGGGAAGGAACUAUACUUCACAGGAGAAAGUCUGGCGAAUGUAUACCUUUAUGGAGCAAAAUAUCUCCUAUUGAAGUGCACAAUGGGAGACAGAGUUUCGCCAAAUUUCAUGCCAUGACUAUUGAGGCGCCCAUUACUAAGAACAGUCCUGUGUUUGUCGCUCAAGCGCUCGACAAAGUUCUGGAGAUCUUAAAGAACUCAGAGCUCUAUUGCCCACAAUUCGGGAACCAACAGACAAAACCUGAUGACCAAACCGCCAAUGAUCUCGUGUCCGGUCUCAUGAGUAGCGGAACAAAGCAGUCGACAGUCAGGCGUAUGUCCCACGAGGCGGCCUCUAACAAGAGUAGUGUCGGAGUCACUCCUCAGACACCGACACAAAUGCCGAGCCUUACCAACGCUCCCAAUAAUAUCAAAAACCUAUUGGACAGAGACUAUGACUGGGGUUUCGAUAUCAUUGAGUUGGAGAGAGUGACACAAAAACGUCCAUUGGUUUGGUUGGGGUUAUCAGUGCUGUCGAGCUUCAAUGUUUGCCAGACUCUCAAAUGCGAUGAGUCGACACUUAGGAACUGGCUGACAGUGAUUGAGGCUAAUUAUCGCGACAACCCGUACCACAACUCGACGCACGCGGCGGAUGUGAUGCAAGCGACCGCUUACUUCAUACGAAGGCCGCGAUUAAAAGCGGUGUUCGACCCGUUGGAUGAGGCCAUCUGCUUGUUGGCAGCCAUCGUGCACGAUGUGGAUCACCCUGGCAAAAACAGUGCUUUCCUCUGCAACUCCAACCACGAGUUGGCCAUACUUUAUAACGACAUAUCUGUGUUAGAGAGCCAUCACGCGGCGCAUGCCUUCCAUCUGACCGUCAGUCCCAACUCGGAUCAGAUCAAUAUAUUCAAGAACUUAGAGCGAGACAUAUAUCGAGACGUCCGCCAAUCGAUAAUAGAUAUGGUUUUGGCCACAGAAAUGACUAAACAUUUUGAACACAUUUCAAAGUUUAUACACGUGUUCACCAAAUCCGUGAAUAUGGAUGAGGGCUUCAGUGGCAACGAUAACCUCUUGGAAACGGUUCCCGAAUCGCCAAAUAUGAUCACAUUCUCGACGCCUGAGAACAUUGUGCUCAUCAAAAGAAUGCUCAUUAAGUGUGCGGACGUCUCAAACCCCGCCCGACCUCUCAAGUUAUGUCAGGUCUGGGCCCAAAGGAUAGCCGACGAAUAUUGUAAUCAG